CUCGCCAUAACCUCAACAACCCAGAGAGCCGUAAAGUUAAAUUAAAGAAACACCGUCCUGGUGAUCUAGAGCAUUAAUAACGCAGUUUAUGUUGCAGUUUUAUGCGCCCUGGUGAGAUCAGGCGCACAACAGAAGGUAACCGCACAUGGGCGAGCACUUUGUCUGUGUGAGUCAGUGACCGAGAAAUAACUGUGAAAAAGUUAAAAAGAAUAACGGGAACCUGCAAUGUCUAAUUCCGCCCCCUGUCAGGGGAACUCACGGAGGUCUUCUGGGCUGGCACGUGGAAACAGACCACCGGAUUUGGAGCUGUCGGAAACCACAUUUAGCGCGCCUGAUCCAGGGACACCUGUGGGCAACGACACGUUUUCAGAAAGAGACAAAAUGCCAGGGGAUGGUAACACUCCGACAGUCAUACCAACUGUUCACGUCCACCCGUACUUAUCCCAUCCCCGGAUGUCUGUGCGGAUGUCGGUGUACAGCAUCGGGGUCCGUCCAGUCCUCACCCGCGCCUACAUCCAAGGACGCGUGUAUAACUUUCUGGAAAGGCCGUCUGGCUGGAAAUGCUUCGUGUAUCACUUCACAGUGUUUCUCAUAGUUCUGGCCUGUCUCAUCCUCAGCGUUCUGUCCACCAUCGACCAGUACCAGGCCCUGGCUCACACAACACUCUUCUGGGUGGAGAUCGUCCUUGUGGUGUUCUUCGGUGUGGAAUAUUUUGUCCGCCUCUGGUCAGCAGGCUGCCGCAGUAAAUAUGUUGGCAUCUGUGGCCGACUACGCUUUGCCAGGAAGCCAAUAUCUAUUAUAGAUCUGAUUGUAGUUGUUGCCUCAAUAGUUGUGUUGUCAGUGGGCUCCAAAGGUCAAGUCUUUGCCACCUCUGCUGUAAGAGGGAUUCGCUUCCUGCAGAUCCUGCGAAUGCUCCACGUGGAUCGACAGGGAGGAACCUGGCGUCUUCUCGGCUCUGUCGUCUUCAUCCAUCGGCAGGAGCUGAUCACUACGUUAUACAUUGGCUUUCUGAGCCUGAUCUUCUCCUCGUACUUUGUCUACCUGGCAGAGAAAGAUGCAGUCGACAGCAGCGGCUCCAACGAGUUUGGAAACUACGCUGAUGCCCUGUGGUGGGGAGUGGUGACCGUGACCACCAUUGGAUAUGGAGACAAAGUGCCGCAAACCUGGAUUGGAAAGACCAUUGCGUCCUGUUUCUCAGUCUUUGCCAUUUCCUUCUUUGCUCUGCCUGCAGGAAUCUUAGGCUCAGGCUUCGCCCUGAAGGUGCAGCAGAAGCAAAGACAAAAACACUUCAACAGACAGAUCCCCGCAGCUGCCUGUCUCAUUCAGACAUCGUGGAGAUGUUUUGCAGUGGAGAACUUUGAUUCUGCCACAUUCAAGAUGUUUUUGAGAAAGAAAUCCAACAUGCCCGCCUCCUCUCUGUCCACCCCCAAGCCCAAGAAAUCGGUGAAGAUAAGGAGGAAGCCGAAGAGCACUGACAAGGACAACGGUCCAACUUCUCCCACAGUUCCCAGCAUCACCUUCGACUCUGUGUUUGACAGUGGGAGGGAGCUGAGUUCAGAUGUUUACAGCACUGUGGGCACAGAGUGCCAGCAGUCCUGGACGUCUUUGUCUUCACUUCAGUUCAGCUCACCGCCUCCAGUGAAAAGAAACCCUGGCCUUUUGGAUGUCCAAACCCCGAGCCCCAUCCGGAGGAACUGUAGCUUUGCAGACGACCUGGACCUGGAGUCAGAGCGAGACAGCGGGCUGGCUCCUGUCACCUCAGUGUUACAAUUGACUGAGUCACACCGAAAAGCCAUACGGGUGAUCCAGAGAAUGCGUUAUUUUGUGGCCAAGAGAAAUUUUCAGCAAGCUCGUAAGCCUUAUGAUGUGCGGGACGUGAUUGAGCAAUACUCCCAGGGUCACCUCAACCUAAUGGUGCGAAUUAAGGAGCUGCAGAGAAGACUGGACCAGUCUUUAGGGAAGACAACUUUGUUCCAGUCAGGCUCUGACCGAGCUAAAGACAAAGGCACAAACUCUAUCGGAUCCAGACUCAACAGGAUGGAGGACAAGAUAACACACAUGGACCAGACGCUAAAUCGCAUCGCAGAGUCGCUCACCUUCCUGCUGGACCAAAGAGACGCCGCUGAGGGUGAAGGCGGAGGCAGGCCGAGGCCACGGCUUGGAAGGACCUGUAAUGUCCUCCCCAGCCAGGACAGUCUGCCAAGCUACGACCAGCUGUCUUCAUCACCUUCAUCCUUCUCAUCCAACGUCGCCAGCGCCGCAGCCAUCCCCAACCGUCCCCUCAGCAGCACCGCCAGUCAGGAUGAGAGCUGCUGAAACCUGGAACCAAACUGCCUCAAAGUGUUUUCUUUUUCUUUUUGUAUAAUUCAUGAAAUGUAUUCAGAUCAAGUGCCGUUUUUACUCUGCAUAUCUAUUCAUCUGCUCAUUUGCCUGCCUGGCCGCCGGUCAAAUUUCAGUUAAAAGAUAGUCUGUUAGACCUAAUUCAGACGCUUUACUGAAUUUAUUACUGUAUUACAAAAUCAUAUUAUAACGUAGCCUAUAAGCUCUGUGAAAACUCCUUUUUUUAAAUUCACUGUAACUAUAAAAAUAGAGCUAAAAUAAAAAUGGAGCUUAACUGCGGCAAAUAAACUCUUUAAUUCCUGAGCUCCAACUGCACUUAUUACACUACUAUAAAGCCAAAAAAUAAAGGCAACAGAGCCAUAACAAGCACAAACUGGACUGUCCGUAAACCUGUUGAAAGAUACCCUUUUGGUGUCAGAACACCACAGUUUCAGAUCAGCAGAGCGAACUCAUGGCGCUCUGUCUGGAGAGAUGGAGCAGCAGAGCGCCAAGCAGAGUGAAUGUGUGAUUAUCUGAGCCCAUCGUUAAAUCAUGAAGCAACAGAGCCUUCCGUUUCUUUGAACAACAGGACUAAUCCCGUUACUAAGUUUAGCUAAUCACGGGAAUUCUACUAACCUUACAAGAGAGAAUAGUUAGUAUGUAUUUACCCUUUGACACCUGGCUAAAUUGGCUGGAUUUCUUUUAAAAACAUGGGAAGAAGGCAAUGAGCAAUGAAAAGAGAAAUUAGCCCCAAAAAAUAACAAGAAAUUAGUGAAAAGAGAAAAUUAAAAACAAGAAAAUAGUUUUAAAAAAAAAGAAAGAAAAAAGUUAAAAACAAACAAGGAAACGAUCUGGAAAAAGUGCUUAAAAAUUUUAAUAAUUCUGUAGCAAUUUCAAAAUGUCAUAAUAAUUAUAAAUAGUUUUGCCUUUUCUGCUUUUUUUUUUUUUUUUUUUGCAAUUUGUGGGACAUUUCUUACCAAGUUACUCACUGCCUUUUUCUCCCUGUUUUUGAAAGAAAUCGCACCAACUUUCUGGAGGGUUCAAAGGGUUAAAUACUUGUUAAAGGCAUCUGAAAGCAGCACAAGAAAAGUGAGGUCACUCCAGGUUUAAAGGGUUAAGCAAGUUACUUUGGCUUUAGCACGAGUUUAGACCGCUAAUCACAUGAAUUAGUUCAGCAAAUCACUAAUGUUAAGCCCAGUUCAGCCCAAAAAUUCCCGAUAACAGUUCAAAACGUGCAGCUACUUGCAAUGCUACUUGCGUUCUGCAACAUUCUGAAAACCAUCCGGUGCACACCAAUGCAACUACACGUGACGGUGUAUCAUCUCUAUGCAACAACUCUCUGUACUUCAUUCUGAUUUGCAGCUUUUCAGGCUUAUUUUGUGGCUGAAUAAAAUUUGUAGCUUCUUAAAAUAGGAGUAAGGAUAGUGAUAGUGAGAUACUGGCUACAGCUGCAUUUGUUGUAGCGAUAAACCGGCAAAAAAAACUUAACAAAACAAGUAUCAGGUGGACUGGAUUCAUAGUAAAUACGCCACAAUAAUAUAAAUAACCAGCAUCAAUUAAUCAGUCAAUAAGAAUGUGUGUGUGGGGGCAUAAGCAUGUAGCCUACAGCGAGCAGCAGCAGUGACCCACCAUCCAACACUGGGGCGGCCAUGGUUGAAGGGAAAGUGGGUCGUCAACCCCCUGCUCCUCCAGCCUGCUUGUUGAAGUAUCCUUGGGCAAGACAUUGAACCCCAAAUUGUUCCCGAUGGCUGUUCCAUCUGUGUGUGAGUGCGAGUGAAUGGUCACUGAGUACCAGGUGGCACCUUGUAUGGUAGCCUCAGCCUCCAGUGUGUGAAUGGGUGAAUGUGGCAUGUAGUGUUGAACUGCUUUGAGUGUCAGAAGACCAGAAAAGCACUAUACAAGUGCAGUCCAUUUACCAUUCACCAUUCACACAGCAGCACCUGCUGCAGCAAGCGAACACGCCGUCUGCGGUCACUUCACUACAAGCCGACUGGCUGUAGAAACAAGUGACAUGCUUGUCGCCAGCGAUUUGACCAGUAGAGUUGCAGGUGAGAUCAUCAGACGGCUUCAGUCGAGCUCUGACCGGCCAGUUCACACCGCUGCAACGUUUCUCUAAAACAGUUUCCAUCGUCGCAAAUCUUUGGUCUGAACUGGACUUCACAGUCAAAAGUUGGGACAGUUACUGAAGUCUUUUAGGCUAGUUACGUUAGCUUUAGCACAGGUUUAGCUGGGGAGACUAAUCUAAAAUAAUGAAGAAUGUACACCUGUUUUUAUAUUAACUUCCCCGCCUCCGUCAUUACUCUCUAGCAGCUGAGACAUCUCAUCAGAUCCAUGUGUGAAAGAGAAAUAAUAUUAUUAUCAACAUUUCAAUGGUGAUUUUUCAGCAUUAGUUUUUGCAAAGUCUCUGAAAGGAUCAGUUGCCUUUUAUUUAUUACUUGAAAUCUCUUCAGGUUAUUGCCAAAGAUAUUGCCACAGCCACGGCAUCAUACUGUGAUUCACUAAGCUGUAUUCUUAAAUCCAUUUCUAAC